AUGACAGUUAACGACUAUCAUCUGAUAAAGGUCACCUCGAACCCCAGCAAAGACCCACACCCGACACCUAAAGGCGACAAACCACCCCAUUGGGUCGACAAAGCCGGCUCGUCGUUCCAUAAUCCAUGGAAGAGCUUUCGAGCACAUAGUUUCCGGGAUAAACUCAAUCUGCUACCAGCGAUUGCAUCCUUCCCGGCUCCGCCGAAAGAUAUCGCGAGUCUGAUGCCUAUCCGCAAUCCUACUUGGGGUAGAUCAGCAGCAGCGACGCUCGAUGGAAAGAACAAAGAAGAUGAUGAGGAGACGGACAGAAGCAAUAGCAGCAAGAUUAAGACGACGUGGUUAGGGCAUGCAUGUUUUCUUGUCGAGUUCCCUGCUCCGCCUGGCUCGACAGACGGUCGAGGGGUGAGAGUCCUGUUCGACCCUGUCUUCAGUUCUCGGUGCUCUCCCAGCCAGCAUAUAGGACCCAAGCGCUUUACACCACCGCCAUGCAAAAUAGAGGAUAUACCAGAGGUCGACGCCGUCGUGAUUUCUCAUAACCAUUACGACCACCUAGACACACAUACCAUCCGCACCCUCUUCCGCCGUACAUCCCGCACACCCCACUUCUUCGCACCACUCGGCAACGCAUCCUUCUUCAAAUCCCUCGGCAUACCUACCUCACACACACACGACAUGGACUGGUGGGAAUCCAAACGGCUCGUCGUACAACAUUCAGACGCAAAGGACGACGCCAACCAACCUCCGCUUACAGUCGACAUAACGUGUACCCCUGGCCAGCACUUUACCGGGCGGUCGCUGUUCGAUUCGUUCAAGACUCUGUGGGCCGGGUGGGCUGUUGAAGAGGUUAGGCAGGGAGAAAUUAAUGGUGGUGGUGGUGGUGGUGGUGGUGAGGCGACGCGGCCGCCGACGAAAGUGUAUUUUGCUGGUGAUACCGCCUACCGCACGGUUCUUGACGGCGAUAACGAAGACGAGGUGCCUGUUUGCCCUGCGUUCAAGGAUAUCGGGGCAGUGUUUGGCGGCUUUGACGUUGCGCUGAUUCCAAUUGGAGCGUACCUUCCUCGCGAUUAUAUGUCGCGCAUCCAUUGUGCGCCUCAGGAUAGCGUUAUGAUUUUCAAAGACGUGAAAGCGAAGAAGGCGCUUGGGAUGCACUGGGGGACGUGGACGUUGACUUCUGAAAAUGCUCUCGAUCCGCCUAAGGGUCUUGCGAAGGAAUGUGUGAAGGCGGGUAUAGAAGACGGCGCGUUCACAGUCUGCGACAUCGGACAGACAUUAUGGUUUUAG